GCUCCUCCAUUUGUCGUCCUCAAGGGAUCAAAGGCACAACACAACGCCCGCGCGCGCUCUGCAACUGAUCAAGAAGAGAGGGGGAGGGUGAAGGCCUCAACUCUGAACUUCUGAAGGAGCAGAGCGCAAGAAACCAAGAAGAUGGCCGCCGCCGCCGCAGGCGCCCCGGCCCCCGUCCCGGAAGGCGUCUCCUCCUGCGGGAGCACCAACGUGCGCCGCGCCGACCACCUCCCCCCGCUCCCGAUCCCGCUCCCCUGCAUCGGCGAGCCCACCGCGGCCUCCCGCGUCUCGCCGGGCUCCUCCCCGGCCCGCUCCGAGGCCUCGCGGGGCGCCCCCUGCUACGCCGCCGAUGCGGAGCCGGACCCGGUGCCCCAGGUCGAGGCCUCCGUGGGGCGGAGCACGCAGAUGCUGCUCGCGAUGGCUGCUAUGGGCGGGCGCGGCGGGCACUACGGCCGCCGCCCGGCCUCGUCCUACGGCAGCUGCGCCGCGUGGAGCGCCGGCUCGCUCACCAAGCACCGCCCCGCAUCGCCGUCCCCGAUCUGCAGCCCCGUGAGCAGCCGCGGCGGCGGCGGGGACGACCACGAGCCCCACGGCGCAGACGACGACGCCUCGUUUGUCACGCCACGGAUGGAAGAAGAGCAAGGGAGGUUGCCAACCAGAGCAGAUUUCAUGAAGCCUUCUGCAACACCGCGAAACAUCAGAAUACAGACACCCAGGCUGGAAAGGAGAGUUGAUGGGGCUAAUCAAGUGCCUCCAAGAUUCAUCCACAAGGCCACACCAGCAAGAUUGAUGCGCCGAGUUCGCUCCUCACAUAAUUUCCGUCAGCGUGUGGGUGCAAUAGAUGCUAUCAAUGAAUGGAGACUGCCCAAAGUCAGUGAAGGGGAGGACGAGGGAGGCGAUCAAAAGGAAUGGCAGACUGAGACCGUGUCGUCUCGUAUAUCCUCAGCUCGUGAUUGGAAUUUUGAGUCUGAUGGUGCCUUUGAGGGUGGCAACCAUAGUGAUCGUGCAUUUGGCGAUUCAGGUGGUGAGAACUGUCCAGUUCCAGUGCCAAGGAUGGAGAGACGGCUCCCGGCCUCUGGGUUAAAACCCCAAGGCAAUUUUGUCCAUGCCAAGUUGGUUGCCUGGAAGGAUGCACAGGUUGCAAAGCUCAUAGAAAAGCUGAAAAGGAAAGAAACCGAUAUUGAUGAUUGGCAGAGGAACAAGAUCGCAAAGGCCAGGCAUAAGAUGAGAACUACUGAGUUGAACUUGGAGAAGAAAAGAGCGGAAGCGGGAGAGAAGAUGCAAAAGGAGAUAAAGCGCGCGCAAAGGAAAGCUGAUAAGAAGAAAGUCAAGGAGCAGGCGGCCACUGCCAAUCAGAUCGCUGGUGUUGAGAGAGCACUGGUGAAGAUGUCAAGGACAGGAAAGCUCCCCUGGUCACUGGCUUUUCUGUGAUCUAGCUCUUCGUUUCUGCCUGUCCCAGAGAAGCUGGUUUGCCAAACCGUGAAAGCUAUUGGUGAUGCCCACGCGGCAAGAGUAAUAUGAGUAAAAUCAGCUGCUAAAUACUUGAAAUCAGUAUGUAGCGUAUUAAGAAAAACAAGAGGAUAUAUUUUUUAUUACCCAUUCUUGACGAUGGAAGUUUUGAAUAUGAUAGGACCAACUUUCCUGUA